AGCGCCUCGAGCCGCACCACCGCGCGCCCGCCUCGCCGCCGCCCGCGCCGCGCAGCCUCGCGCCAUGAGCUGGUGCACCAUCGAGAGCGACCCCGGCGUCUUCACGGAGCUCGUGGAGAAGUUCGGCGUCAGCGGCUGCGAGUUCGCCGAACUCUACAGCCUCGACGACGGCGAGCUGGCGCGCCACGCGCCCGUCUUCGGGCUCAUCUUCCUCUUCAAGUGGACGGGCGAGAAGGACGACCGCGCGACGUUGAGCUUCGACGAGGCGCCGCCGGGCCUCUUCUACGCGAAGCAGAUGGUCAACAACGCGUGCGCGACGCAAGCGAUCCUCUCCGUGCUGCUCAACUGCGAGCACGUGUCGCGCGGCGCGACGCUCGACGAGCUCAAGGCCUUUGGCGCCGAGCUGCCCUUCGACAUGCGGGGCCUGGCCAUCGAGAAUUCCGAGGCCAUCCGCGCCGCGCACAACGCGUUCGCGCGGCCGGAGCCGUUCGUGUCCGACGAGAAGCGCGCGACGGCCGACGACGACGUCUUCCACUUCGUCGCCUACGUGCCGUCGGGCGGCAAGGUCUACGAGCUCGACGGCCUCAAGGCCGGGCCCAUCGACCUCGGGUCCUUUGAGGACUCGUGGCUCCCCGUCGCGCGGUCCGCCAUCGAGGCGCGCAUCCAAAAGUACGCCGCCUCCGAGAUCAAGUUCAACCUCAUGGCCAUCGUCCGCGACAAGCGCGCCGCCCUCGAGGACGCCAAGGCCGCGGCGGACGCCGCGACGGCGGCGGAGCUCGACGCGGAGCUCGCCCGCGAGCACGCGAAGCGCGCGGACUGGGCCGCGGAGAACGUCCGCCGCCACCACAACUACGUCCCCUUCGUCAUCGACCUGCUCAAGGUCCUCGCGGAGCAGGGCAAGCUCGGCGCCAUGAUGGACGACGCCAAGGCCAAGGCGUCCACGGACGCGAACAAGCGCCAGAAGGUCUAGCCUAAGAGCCCGAAGACCGGC